AUGGUCGCGGGGUAUCCGUUGCGGAUACCCGCUAUCCCCUGGCGGAUACCCGCCAGCGCCAGCGGAUACCCGCCAGGGGAUACGGAUUGGGGUUCGGAUGUGCCCUUUUCCCAGAAAUUUGGGCGGGACUGGAUCUCCGGUGUUUGUGCUACUGAAGCCUGUACCGAUGAAUCGUUGAAAGAAGCCUUAGCCGAGCUCUCCAAGGGCUGCGCCGCCGAGUUGACCAACAAAUCCCCACACGCCGGCGCUCUCUUUUCCAUACUCUCGCACUACAAAGAUAUCAGGUCUACCUCGUGCAAGGACACGGAAAAGUUGGACUUUUGUCAGCCAGACUUAGUCGGCAGUGUGGAAAAACUGGAGAAGACUGGACGGACUUUCUUCACGGUCUCAGCGCAAGCGUAUUGUACCGAGUGUGACAAGAAGUCGGCCUCUGAGAAACCCAAAUCAUCAGGCAAGAAGGGCGGCGCUGAGAGACCCAACCCACCCUCCAAACGCUCCCUCACCAAGAAAAAUUCGCUCCACAUCUGUAGCGGUUCCAAUCUCGAUGACAAGCGAGUCGAAGUCGGCUUGCCUGGGCCCCAGAAAAAAACCGACGCCCCAGCUAGUCCCCCAGCUACUCCUGAUGACAGUAACUGA